AUGGUGCCGGAUCCUUCAAUGCACAAGUUGGCCGGCGGGCGCAAGAAGACAGUGUCCUUCAGUAGCAUACCCUCAGAGAAGAAGGUGAGCAGCGCGGUCGACUGCCUGGCCUUCAUGCAGGGGGGCUGUGAGCUGAAGAAGGUGCGUCCCAACUCCCGGAUCUACAGUCGUUUCUACACCCUGGACCAGGACCUCAGCUGCCUGCGCUGGGAGCCCUCUAAGAAGGAUGGGGAGCGCGCCCGCCUGGACAUGGCCGCUAUCAGGGAGGUUAGGACGGGGAAGAGCACUGAGACCUUCCUCCAUAACGGACCUGCUGCAGAACACCUGGCUGAGGAGGCUGCCUUCUCUAUUAUCCACGGGGAUGACUACCAGUCUCUGGACCUGGUGGCUCUUUCAGCUGACGUGGCCAACAUCUGGGUGACAGGGCUCCGUUACCUGGUGUCCCACCCCUCUGCCAUCGGGCAUGGAGGGGGGGCAGGCGGGGGAGGAGGUCUGGGAGAGGGGAGCAUCAUAGGGGAGGGUAGCCUCGGCAGUAAGAUGAGGAGUGAAUGGCUGGCCGCAGAGUUUGCCGAGGUGGAUGAAGACGGGAAUGGGAUCGUCGCAGAGGAUACGGCCGUGGCAACCAUCUGUAAGCUGUGUCCUGGCAUCAAGGAGGCUAAGGUGCGUCUGAGGUUCAAGGAGAUCCAGCGCAGCAAAGAGAAGCUGACGUCUCACGUGACACGCGAGGAGUUCCAGGAGGCCUUCUGCGAACUCUGCACGCGCCCAGAUGUCUAUUUCCUAUUGGUCCAGCUCUCUAAGGACCGCGAGUGUCUGGACGCCCAGGACCUUCGUCUCUUUCUGGAGACGGAGCAGGGCUUGUCCCUGGCCACAGCUGAGGGCUGUUUGGAGCUGGUCCUACGCUUUGAGCCCUCCAGACCAGGCCGAGAGAGAGGCUUGUUGGGGCUUGACGGCUUCGCCCGUUACCUGCAGUCUCCAGAGUGCCAGCUGUUUGACGUGGAGCACCAGGGAGUGUGUCAGGAUAUGAGCCUGCCCCUGUCCCACUACUACAUCAGUACCUCCUAUCGGUCCUAUCUCCUGGAUGACCAGGUCCAUGGGAGGGCUGAUCUAGGGGGUUUGACCAGGGCUCUUCAGGCCGGGUGUCGUUGCCUGGAGCUGGGGGUGACAGACGGCCCAGAAGGGGAGCCUCUCCUGGGGGUAGACUAUGGUCCUGAUGCCCACCGCCACCACCACCAUCACCACCACGCCCCUGUCACCAUCCGCAGUGCCCUGGAGGUGGUGAAUAAGUAUGCCUUCCUGACCUCGCCCUACCCGCUUCUGCUCUACCUGUGCCAGCGCUGUUCCCCCUCCCAGCAGCGUACCUUAGCCCAGCACCUGAGGAAGGUGUUCUCUACACGUCUCUACACCCCUGAGGCCCUGCCGGUCAGCCCGGUGGGGCGAGCCACCACCCUGCCCUCCCCUGAGCAGCUGAAGGGCCGGGUGCUGCUGGUGGGGAAGAAGCUACCCCCUGAAGAGGAGGGGUCCGAGGGAGAGGUAUCAGAGGAGGACGAGGAGAUAGGGGGAGGCGGACCCUUGGCUGGCCGGCGAAUGACCAUCCCCGGAGAGGAGGAACUGGGUGUGGUUUUAGUGGUGCCCCCGCCCCCUCAGCCCAGGAGACUCCGCCUUCAACGCGAUCUCUCAGAUCUGGUGAGCGUGGCUAGAACCGGAAGCCGUAGCUUCUACAACCACCGAGAAACAAGGAACUAUUGGACUCUGUGCUCCCUGGGGGAGGGAGAAGCGGGCCGGCUGGCCAGUGAGAGCCCAGAGGACCUAGUAGGCUUCACCAAGCGUACCCUGACCCGUGUCCGGCCCAGCUCUGUCCGCCUGGACUCCUCCAACCCCAACCCCCAGGGGUACUGGAAGGGCGGGGUCCAGCUGGUGGCCCUCAACCAGCAGACCCCCGGGGCCAUGCUGGACCUCCACAGGGGACGCUUCAUCCAGAACGGGGGCUGUGGCUUCGUGCUGCGCCCGGGGGUCAUGAGAGACGAGGUUUCCUACUUCAGUGCCGUGACCCAGGGGUGUGUGCCCGGUGUGCCCCCUCAGACCCUCAGGGUGAAGGUGAUCAGCGCCCACAACCUGCCCAAGCCGCAGGGCGCCGGGGCCAAAGGAGAGGUUAUAGAUCCCUAUGUGGUUCUGGAGCUACAUGGGGUACCAGCGGACUGCGCUGAGCAACGGACCCGGACCGCCGCACAGAACCAGGACGGCCCACUGUUUGAUGAGACCUUUGAGUUUCAGGUGAACAUGCCAGAGUUGGCGCUCCUCCGCUUCGUGGUAUUGGACGACGACUACAUUGGAGAUGACUUCAUUGGCCAGUACAGCGUGGCCUUCGAGUGCCUUCAGCCGGGCUACCGCAACGUGCCCCUGCUGGGUCUGGAGGGAGACCCCUUGCCCCACGCUAGCCUGUUUAUCCAUGUUGCCGUGACCAACCGACGAGGGGGGGGCAAGGCCCAGAGGAGGGGUCUGUCUGUGCGGAGAGGGGUGCGGCGGGGGCGAGAGUACGUGACCCUACGGAACACGGGUAUUAAAGCUCUGGAUGAUACGUUCCGUCCCGCUAGCACCCAUCUCAGAGAGGCCACAGACCUGCGGGAGGACGCACAGAGUGCAAGUGUGAGUUUCAAAGAGCAGUGUGGACUCCCCCCGGUGGCCAAGCUGAAGCAGUGCAUCCAGAGCCUGGCCACACGGUUGCAGACCCCAGAAGGGCCCCCGGGGGCCAGCAUGACCCUGAGGGAUGGCUACCCCCACCUGGAGGCCCUGGGCAGCAUCACAGAGGUCACGCGCAAACUACUGAAUCACUAUGAUACGAUGAUCUCGGCCAAGAAGCAGCUGAUCGAGAAUGCAGACGCUGUGCAGGAGAGGAUGGCCCAGGUGCAGAGAGAAGGAAUGGAGUUCCAUGAGGAGCUGCCCAGGCUGGGAGAGAAGGAGGGGCUGAAGGGACACAAGCAGAGCAAAGCCCUGGAGAGUUUCACCUGGAAUAUUACUGUACUGAAGGGUCAGUGUGAUCUCCUGCGCAGUGCCAAGGUAGACUCUCUGGAUGCUCUGAGACAGUUGGCCCUGGCCUGUGAAGCCUGUGGCCUCACCUCCACCACCUCCUCCUGCACCUCUUUUGGUCCCUCUGAUCUCUUCUACACCUCCCACAGCAGGAGGGGCAACUCCCAGGAGAGGAGAGGAAGCACCCAGGAGAGGAGGGUGAAUACCCAUGGCAAUGGACGAAUAUGACACCCCCCAACCUACCAGAGAGAGGGAAGGGGGAUAGAGGGAUCGAGUGGAUGAGAUGGUGACAACCCCUCAAAUCCCAAACUGCCAGAGAAAGGGAGGGUGGGGAGAGAGAGAGAGAUGGAGAAAGAGAGCAGAGUUGGAAUGGUCUAGAGUAGAGCCCAGAGCCUAUACCUUUAUCCAGAGUAGUAAGACUAGUGAAGAAUCGUUGCAGUAAUUUGACGGCUUACUUUGUGUUCAUCAGUGGAAAUCGAUUUGUGCUUAUUUAAGUCGGACACUUGAAUAUAACGCUCCUACAAUUUACUUCAAUGUUUUUUCUCCCUAAAAAGGGAGUUGUGAUUGUGAAAACACGUUGUUCUUAGGUAAGAACCCUUUGCUGUGGAGAGGACAAGUGAAGAGUCUCUGUCCUUCUGAACCCACCUAAUUGAUCCCUCGGGAGGAUGUGAUGUCACGCUGUUGAUGCCUUGUCUCACCAUGGAUAAAACAGGGGGUUGAGUCACAAGUGACCCUCCCAGUUUCCCACCGACACAGCUACUGUUACACCCAGCCCCUCUCUCCUUCCUUCCCCCUCUUUAUCUCCUUCACCCAGAACCCUCGGUACGUGGAGUGUUUUGAAUGUCUAGCCUGUCUUGCGUACCCCUCACCCCCCCCCCCCCCCUGAGAGACCCCACCAGGUAUCCUUUCCUGAGAAGAUGGGAGGAGGAAGAUGUGUUGGUAGUUUUACAUGACAUGGCUUAACCCUGCUUCAGGCUACUAUGUACUACCUGAGACCAUCCACAGGUGUCAGAUGGCUAGGGGCUAGGGGCUAACAGUGACACAGUAUCACAACAUCACAGUAAGGUCUGGAAGACAACCUGAAGACAACCUGAAAUAGUGUGAUUGAAGAAAACCUGUUGAGUGUGAUUGAUUGAUUGAUUAUUUGAUUGUGUUUAAUAGGCUUAAUUGAUUAGUUGGGCGGCAGGUAGCCUAGUGGUUAGAGCGUUGGGGCAGUAACCAAAAGGUUGCUUGUUCGAAUUGAAUC